AUGAAACAGACGUCCUCGGCAGCUGAAGCUGCAGCAGUCACGGAGGCGGAGGUGCAGGUCACGGUUAUGCAUCCCACCGACCGAGAUUCUGUAGUGGUGAGUGUCCCUGGCAGUGCCACAAUGAGGCAGGUCAAAGAGGUCUUCAUCAUGGGUGGCGGGCUUUGCAUUCCAAGCCUUUCUAGGCACCUCACUCGCGGCAACGCCAGAUCAGUGCAGAUUCUUUGCAUCACCUGGCAUUUGGCUUCCCUAACCAAGGGCCCAGACGGCGACUCGCGCAAUGAGGCUGAUGUUAAGCGAUUCAUCACCCCACUGUCAUACCGUAUGAAGAAAGCAAAGCAAGACUCGGAGGCCACCGAAAGCCAAAGCACCGGAAUUGGUCAGGAUGACGAGGGCAGUGAAGAUGAGAGAGAAACGAAGGAAUCGGCGCCCCCGCCCUCGAGACCGGGGAAAAUUGAGACGUCGCGGCAAAGCGAAGCUCAGCGUCGACGAGGUGAAGCAAACAUGAAGCUGGUGAACAGGCCAGGGAGGAUGACUGCCACUGCUGGUGCACCAGGUAGCCAGGUCGGGCACAGCCCACGAGUGCGGGAGGUUUCACAACCAACCAGUGAGACCGCUGCCUUGUCCCGGCGUGCUUGGGCAUCAGAAGCUGUAGUGACUGUAGCGGCCACGCCUCGCCGCAUAAGUCCCAGCGGUGGACCUGGCAGAAGGGUGCGUGCUACGGUUGUCCCGCCGCCUUCGCCGCCGCAUCCUGUCAAAGACUUGUCUGCAACAGUGCCCCAGAUGAGGAUGCGUGCCUACACCGUGGCUGUUCCUGUACGAUCGCCCGUUGCCAGGAGUCAAUCGCCCGUGAGAUCAGAGAUGAUCGAGCACCAGACUCCAGACAGGCCCUUGCCAGUUGCUGUCGCCACGCCAGCAACUCCGUCUUUGGUGUGUGAACCGACGAAACUCCGGCGCAUGACUGUGGCCCAGUCAUGCUCUGCGCCCUCCUUGUUUCCGCAGCCCGCACAGCUGCCUGUGCCAGAGACGCAGUCCCUGGCGCAGCUCGUCAUCCAGCAACUGAACACUCCCGCGCGGCAGGAGCAGCGCUGCUGCGCGGUCCCUCACCGCGCAAUUCCCUGCCAUGUGCAGAGUUCGGUCGUCGUGGAGCACGCGGUCGUUAAACCAACGGCCUGUACCGCUCCACAAACUCCACAGGCACAAUUAAAAGACUUGAAGCCACUGCUUCAGCAGCUCUUUGAUGAGGAAGCUCCAGGACAGAACCAGUCCCCGGAGCAGCUACAGAGCAAGAUCGACCAACUACAGGCACUCCAGCAGCUUCUUCAGGUGCAGCAGCAAGGCCUAAAGCAACAGCAGCUUCAGCUGCAGCGGGACGUUAAACGACCUCCAGGUCGCGCCGCUGUGGCUCGGCCGGGUAUGCGCUCGAUGUCGCCAAACAGGGCGUCGGCGAGAACAACUCGGCGAAGGAACUCCUCAAGGAUGGGCCUGGAGUUGACUCUGCCAUCUGCCAAUUCUAUGAGUGCACAGGGGCCUUCCGGGAGAUCGCGAGCACGAAGGACUUGCCAGAGCAACGGGUCGGAAGCAGUGCAGAGAAUGCAGCCGAUGUUUGUGGGCCAGUCCUUCAACAGGACUAUGGCAAUGUAUGAUUUUCCGCUCACUACAGAAGGUUACCAGGACAUGGCACGAGGAAUCAGCAAGCACUCGUGGAACAUCCACGUCAAAGCUCAAGCUCACGAGGUUGAGCGCAUGCUGCGGAUGCCUCCCGGUGCCUUCUUCGGCAUCCCUGGGGAGCCUGGCCAGGAGCAGGACUAUCCUCCGCUAGAAGAGGAUCCGCCUAGCAAGACUCCUGCGAAGGUGCUGGCCCGGCACGCGGUGGACAACGCAGAGGCAUGGUCACGAAAACAGGGUCGAGAUGAGAUCCUCCGCAAGGGCAGGCUAGUGCAGAAGAAGGGUGGUGUUUACUCAACCUACAAGGAUGAUGACCUCAUUGGGGACGUCCGUCAGGUUUUAGUUCUGGGUGCAGAUCUUCGCACGGUUGAAGACCAAGAAGAGGAUCAGCCACCUCCAAUUCAUCCAUAUGCAGCGAUGCCGAAAACGCCCGCGCAGAGCUCCAACGAGGGCUCUAGAGCGGCUCCUGAGCCUUAUUCUGUAAACCGUCGACCUGAGACCCUGGAGCCUCCUCCGCGUGUCAAGGAGUCGCAUCCCAAAGCGGAUCCGCCCCCUUCCAAGCCACCUGAUCCUCCCAAACAACCAAAGAAGGCGGCCCCCCCACCAAAGCCCAAACCACCGCCACCGCCACCACAGCAAUAUGACAUCAGCAUAAGACAUGCCGUCGAGGCAGGUCCUGAGGUCAAGGUGACCAUUUGGACCAACUGGACUUUUGCUGCCGUGCGAGAAGCGCUCGCCAAGAAGCUUGGAAGGGAAGACAUUCGUCGCAAAGCGAGGUUUGUGUUCAAGGCAAGUGCCGGGACAUCGCCAUGGAUCGCUUUCAAGGACCUGGAUGCACUAGAGAUGCUUUGUGCAAUGCUGGGCAUCGUGUAG